AUGUCAAAAGGGUUUAUAAGUAGAGUUCUAAAUCCUAGUUUUCAAGAAAAAGUUAAUCAAAUCAUCAAUCAAGAAAGUCCAUUUCAGUUAGAAAUACACGAUAAUUUUUUCUGUUAUAGAGGAUUGCCUCGAAAUGAAUUUACUACUCUCACACAAUUAACAGGACUAACUAUAACUUCAGUGGGAUUAACUGGUAUUGGGUGUCUUACUUCCUUACAAUUAAUUAAUCUUGACUUAACUGAUAACGAUAUAUAUUCAUUCUCUGCACCUCAAAUGACAAAGUUAACAUCAUUAACUUUAGAUAAAAAUCCAUUGUCAAGCAUUGGAGAAUUACCACCAAAUCUUCUUCAUUUUUCACUGAAAGAUAUUGAUUUUAGGUCAUUUGUUCCAAUAUUCAAAGCAGUCACACAACUCAAAAAUUUAACAAGUUUAAAUAUGGAGAGAUUUGCUCCAUGGAGAGAGUCAAAUGAAGAAAAAAUUGAAGAAUUACAACAACAAUUUGAUCAGGUGAGUAAUUUAGAAGAUGAGUCAUUGCAAGGUAUUAUGGGAGAAAGGAUAGCAAUUCUUAUUCAACAAUUAAUGAAUCAAAUAGAUGAAAUGACUAAUGAAAUACAAGGUGUUGAGGAAUGUGAUAAUCCAUUAUUUAGUUUUAUUAUUGCUUCAUUACCAAAACUUGAAACUAUCAAUGGACAAAAAUUAGAUAAAAAUUCUGUACGUAUAAAACAAUACUCUUCUUAUAAGGAAACACCAGUUAUUGAAUUUAAUGAAAAAAGACAGAAAGGAAUACAAAUAACAAGAUUUGAUACAGAAUUACAUUGUUGUAAUAAAUGGAAUAAAAUUGAAGGAAUUAAUAAACCGAGACAAUUAGACUUUUCUCCAGUAACUGGAGAACUUGUUGUUGGUUCUCUUAAUGGAGAAGUCUAUAUCUAUAAUGAACAUUUUCCAAUUAAAACAAUUACUUCUGUUAUAAGGAAACCAAUUUAUGGAAUUGGUUGGUUUAGAACAACCCAAAACCAAUCUAAAGUUGUUAUUGGUAAUAAUGAAGGAAAUUUGUUCUUAGUAAAUACAAGUGAUACAACUUGUAGACAAUUACAAACUAUUGAAAUAUUACUUUCACUUCACAUUAAUUCAAAUGAUGAGUCAAUGGUAACUACUGGUAAUGGGUGUGGUGUUACAAUAUUUGAUACAAAUACUUUUAAUAUUAAACAUAAAUUUGAUUCAAUACAUCAAGGUGCAGUCAAUGUUGCUCGAUUUGGUUCAGUUGAUCCUAAUUUACUAGUUACAAGUAGUCAUGAUAAAACAAUAAAAGCAUGGGAUCUCAGAACAAAAAUGAAUAGCCCAAUACAAGUAAUGAAGGGAGUUUCUCCAUUUAAUAGUGUUGGCAUAAAUUCUAAUGACACAGCAGUUGUUGCAGCAGGUAAAGAUAAUUAUGUAGUACGAUUUGAUUUGAGAAAAGGAGAGGAAGUUCGAGGAUUAAAUAUGAAAUUACAAAAAUUACUAGAAGAUGAUAAUUAUACGAGGGCAUACUUUAAUAGUGAAAAUGACUCUGUUAUUAUUGCUUCGACUAAACAAACUUCUUUGUUUGUUUGUGAUGCAGUAACAGGACGAGUAACUACAGAAUGUUUCUUUGAUCCAUCUGAAAUAGAAUACUGUGAUGGGUUAUUAAGUUUGAGACCUCACCCAUUUGAUCCAUAUCGUGUUUACACUAUUCCAUUUGAAGAACAAGAUUUUAAAAUAAAGGGGCUUUAUGAAUGUGAUAUAAUAAAUUCCUAUUCACACUAA